AUGACUGAUACAAGAAGGCGAGUGAAGCUUUAUGCUUUAAAUGCUGAUAGACAGUGGGAUGAUCGUGGUACUGGACAUGUAUCAUCAUCUUAUGUAGACAGACUUAAAGGGAUCUCAUUAUUGGUCAGAGCUGAGAGUGAUGGUUCUGUUUUAUUAGAAAGUAAAAUACAGCCAGAUACUGCAUAUCAAAAACAACAGGAUACCCUGAUUGUUUGGUCGGAAGGAGAUAAUUUUGAUCUUGCUUUGAGCUUUCAAGAGAAAGCAGGUUGCGAUGAAAUAUGGGAAAAAAUAUGUCAAGUUCAAGGUAAAGAUCCAUCAGUCGAAAUAACACAAGAUAUCGUUGAAGAAUCAGAAGAUGAACGAUUUGACGAUAUGUCUGACUCGGCACCGCCGAUUGAAUUACCACCGUGUGAAUUAAGUCGUCUUGAAGAUAUCAAUGAACUUAUUGGUAAUUGUUUAUCAACGCCCGUACGAAAAGAAAAAUUAGCCAUGGCAAUUGAAUCUGAAGGUUAUAUUAAAAAAUUAUUAAAUUUGUUUCAUACAUGCGAGGAUCUUGAAAAUAUUGAAGGUUUACAUCAUUUAUAUGAUAUAUUCAAAAAUAUUUUCUUAUUAAAUAAAAAUGCCCUAUUUGAGGUAAUGUUUAGUGAGGAUGUGAUUUUUGAUGUAGUGGGUUGUUUAGAAUAUGAGCCUUCAUUACCACAACCAAAGAGGCAUCGAGAAUAUUUACGUCAGUUAGCAAGAUUUAAACAAGCUAUUCCAAUUACAAAUCCUGAAUUGUUAGCUAAAAUCCACCAAACCUAUCGUGUCCAAUACAUACAAGAUGUAGUUCUACCAACACCAAGUGUAUUUGAGGACAAUAUGCUCAGUACACUAAGUAGCUUUAUAUUUUUUAAUAAAGUUGAAAUAGUUACUUUAAUUCAAGACGAUGAAAGGUUUUUAACAGAAUUAUUUCGACAGUUAACCGACGAAUCGACGUUAAUAUCUAAGCGUCGUGAUUUAGUUUUGUUUCUCAAAGAGUUUUGUAAUUUUUCACAAAAUCUUCAACCACAAGGCAAAGAAGCGUUUUAUCGAACAUUAACAGCACUUGGUAUUUUACCGGCACUUGAAAUAACAUUAGCAAUAAAUGAUGCCCAAACUAAAACAGCUAGUAUAGAUAUACUGACUUACAUUGUUGAAUAUUCACCGAGUGUUGUUAGGGAUUAUACUUUACAACAAAUAAAUAACACUGAACAAGAUCAAAUGUUGAUAAAUGUUAUAGUGGCUCAACUUGUUGGUGAUACAGAUCCAGAAUUAGGUGGUGCUGUACAACUUGCUGGUGUUUUACGAUUAUUACUUGACCCGGAAAAUAUGUUGGCUUCUGUCAAUAAAUCUGAGAAGACUGACUUCCUUAAUUAUUUCUACAAAAACAGUAUCAUAACACUGAUUGAACCAUUAUUAGCCAACACUGUUGGUGAUAAACCAGUACGUGAAGAUUAUCGCACAGUACAGUUGCUAGGAUUGAUUCUCGAAUUAUUAUCAUUUUGUGUUGAACAUCACAUGUAUCAAAUUAAAAACUGCAUUUUAAACAAAGAUUUAUUACGAAGAAUAUUAAUCCUAAUGAAAUCAACGCAUACCUUUUUGGUAUUAUGUGCAUUGAGGUUUAUGCGUAAAAUAAUUGCAUUAAAAGAUGAAUUUUAUAAUAGAUAUAUUAUAAAGGGCAAUUUAUUCGCACCUGUAUUUGAUGCAUUUGUAAGAAAUAAUGGUAGAUACAAUCUUCUGGAUUCAGCUAUACUCGAAAUGUUCGAAUUUAUUAAAUUGGAGGACAUCAAAUCUUUGUGUUCACAUGUUGUUGAAAAUUUCUCCAAAGAAUUAGAAGCAAUCGACUACGUACAAACAUUUAAGGCAUUAAAAUCAAGGUAUGAACAGCAUCAGGAUAAACUUAAGGAUCGUGAUAGAGCUACUCUCGAGAGUGUACCAUCGAUUUUACGUAACAGCCGGUAUAGACGGGACCAACGGCAGCUAGAUGAAGAUGAGGAAAUGUGGUUUAAUGAAGAGGAAGAUUUCGAUGAGGGUGAAGCUGUUGUUCCAGCUGCUGCGGCUGAUCUAGUACCACCGGCAUCAGCUAAAAAACAACCACCGAGUCCUAACUCUGCACCUAAUCCUAUCCCUGCAGAUUCUAAAAGCCAACAACAGCAAACUGUGCUGAAUAAUAAUACCGCUAAUAAUACCUCGACAACGCAACCGUCUCAAGUUAAUAGUAGUAGUCCUACGGAGAAUGAAUCUUCGAUUUCUGCUGGAAUUAUUGCCAGCUCCACAGACGAUAGUGAGAAAGUAGGAACGACAGUUUUUAAAAAGGGGUUGGUCGAUUAUGAAGGUGACUCUGAUGAAGAUGAUGAAGAUUCAGAAUUAAAUCCUUCUCCCAAAAGACAGCGACUUGCAUAG